AUGCCUCCUCUAUCGGCCUACACGCCCUUUGAGUCGCUUCUCUUCUUCCAGUCUCUCGCCGGCCUCGAUACUCCCCCCGCCAACUUCGCCUCCAUCUCCGAUGUUCUCCGCAAUAACCCAUUCAUUCGCCAGAAUGCCGCCUAUGACGCGGGCCGGCUCACCCCCGAGGCCCUGGAAGACCUCUAUACGACUCUAAUGCGAGAUGGCUUGGAUUCCGUCACUGCGGGUCCGAAUGGCCAUCAUACGGAGACCCCAGUCGCGAAUAACCCGAAAAAGCGCAAGAUAUCCAGUCCUCGACCGGACGGAUUGGCCGACAAGAGCGUGAGCCAUACCAACAUGCUGCCGGGAUUGGUGUCGCAUCUUUAUGCCAGGUAUAAGGAGUUGGUGACACGGGAAAUCAGGAACGAGGAGAAACGAUAUAAGGAGAUUAGAGAGGAGAUUGAACAGCUACAAAGGGAAGAAUUCGAAGCUCCUCCAGAGCCUGCGACGAGACCUACCCCAGCGCAGCCGAUUGCACCAGCGAAGCCGGAGCCGGCACCACAACCGAUGGAUGUGGAUGUAAAGGAAGAGAAACCCAUUCAACAAGCCCGUGGAGAACCUAUGGACCUCGCGACACCGCCGGCGGGGACCGAUAUCAAGCAGCCCCAAUUGGAGCCGCAGCGCAAGGACCUGGAGAACAAGCAACCAGCCAAGCCAGUACCGCGCCCACCCCCCACUCCCCAACAACUGCCCGCGCAGCCGGUGCAGCCCGUUGGGCAACCACCAAAGGAACAGGAAAAGAAGAUACAACCACUGCCACAGCCACAGCUGCCUCAACAGCCACCGCAACCGUCACCUCGGCCUCAGCCCAGUCCUCAGUCGGCUGCUGCUGCCGCCGCCGCCCGCCCGCCUCCGCAGCCAGCGGCCCCGAAUGGAAAGGCGUUCCCAACAGCUCCACAGCCGGCUCUUGUGCCCAAGAAUGUCCCUGUCAACCAGGCACCAGUGAAUGCGCCAGUGACGCCGUCGUCAAGAUCAUCCAAUGCUACAGCGCCUAGUGCUGGGGUUGUGCGGCCUCCUGCGGUUGCACCCUCGCCAGCUCCGCCGAACGUCAGUGUGCCAGUUCCUUCUACCCCGCAACAAACUCCCAUCAGCAAGCCUUCUGUCAAGGAGACCCCUCUCGUUCCAACGGCUAGCCCAGCGCCUCAGCGCCCUCCGCCCCAGGCUAGUUUCCAGCAGUGGUCGUUGAACCCACCCCCGCAAACACCCCAGCCCCCUCCCGCAUUUCCGAAGCCGAAAGCCGAACCAAUGAGUACUGCUGGCGCUGGGCGGCCGGCCCAGUCUCCCUUACCUCCACCUGUCCCGACGUUUGAGAGCAAGAAGGUACCCCAAGGCCCGCGUCCGACUCCAGCUCCGUCGACUCCCGGUCCUGUGCCCGCAGCAGCCCAGACGCCAGCCCGUAAUGUUCCACCGCCGGUGUUCCAGACGCCAAUUGGCCCGGCUCAGGCGUCAAUCUUUUCGCGGCCAACCAGUGCCCGGCCUCCUCGGCCUUCUAUUGACACAGGUGCUAUGACACCUGGCUCGAUGACGCCGUGGAAGAAGACCCCAGGUUUGACCAUCACCAUUUCCCCUCGUUCACCCGAGCGGCCACGACCGGAGGAGAUCAGUCCCAUCAGUGAAAAGGCACCAUCGCUGAUGGGAUCCCGAGAAGCAACGCCCGAAGAGCCUGAGCCUCGUCGCCGGAAACGCCGGUCUGAUGCGAAGGGCAACGGAGCAAACGAUCAGACCCUCUCGGUUGAUCCAGAGAACAAAGCAGGGACGAAAAGGAAGGGUGAGAGGUCAGCCCUGUCCACCGGAAAGGAUCGUGAUCGAAGCACGGCUUCAUCCAGAAGUCGGGGCCGAUCAGUGUUGUCGCGAGAUGAAGAGUCCAUGGCAGACAUGGGCUCUGGGAGAAUCAAGCAUGAAGUACCUAGUACGCCAGCUGGUGUCUCUGAGGCUGCCGAACCCGAACGUCCUUCUGUUAGUCGUCCUGGCAGGGGGCGACCCAAGCGCAAGCGUGCUCCAAGUGAGAGUGUCGAGGCCGAACCGUCUCAGCCGGAGUUCACCCCUCUAAGUCGCCUCGACCCCAAUGUGUCCACGACGUACGUAGUCUGCGCGCGGAACUUCCCUCGUACCGGGGCCCCCAUCAUGAACGAUGUCACCACUCACAAACAUGCGUCGAUCUUCACCAAGCCGCUGACGGAACGCGACGCUCCUGGGUACCGCGAUCUCAUCUAUCGACCACAAGACCUGAAGUCCAUCAAGUCGCUGAUCCACCAGGGCAGCAGGGCACUGGCCGCAGCUACCGAGGCCGCCAGCACGCCGGCAGGAGACGGGGAGUCGCCGGCUCCCGGUGCGGGGACUCCGUCGAAGAACGCUGUCCUCAUGCUGCAGAAGACCGAGGACGUCAUCCCUCCAAAGGGAGUGGUCAACUCGGCGCAGCUGGAGAAGGAAUUGAUCCGUAUGUUUGCCAACGCCGUGAUGUUCAACCCCAUUCCCCAACGGGGCUUUGGGCCCGCGUUCCCGAUGAUCAGCGACAGCGGUUCACGAGAAAGCACCCAGGUCCCCGAACCGGACGAGGGUGGUAUCAUCAAGGACACGCUGGAGAUGUUCGAGGACGUGGAAAAGGCCGUCACGAGAUGGCGCGCCGCGGAGCGCACGGCCGACGAACUCGCCAGCAAGAGCAUUCUCUCGCUUCGGCGCGGGAGCGCCAGCGAUCUCAACACCGACAGCGCGGAUGAAGUCAAGGGGUCAUGA